AUGCCUCACCCAAAGCACUCCACUCAUAUUCUUGCUCAACAGCAAAUGCUACAGCAACAGCUACCUCCUGGACAGUCUCAACCACUACCCUCACAACAGACCACGUUCCUACCAGCCAGCCGAGGAGUUCAUGCACCACACUCUCAGCUAUCACAGGUCGCACCGUCGGGACAAGCGCAAAGUUCGGUACCUCAAUCUCUAAGUCAUUUGCAUUCACACAAUCAACAACAGCAACAGCAAACCCCUCCGUCGGCGCCAGCCUCUAUCGGCCUUGGGAUGGGCAGGACUGGAAUGCCUCCACAGCGCGGCCAUAUGGCCGCGCCCCCCUGUGGAAUGGGAGUCAGUGGUGGAGCCAAUGGGUUUAUUGGCCAGCCUGUCGGACCAACUGGACAAAGCCAAGGUUCAUCUAACACUUCGGUAACGGGAGCUAUGCAGCCAAAUGCGGACACCUGCGGCGUGAUGCCUUCAGAGACAAUAUCGAGCUUUGGGUCUGGCCCUGGAACCAUUGGCUUAUCCAUGCAGUCGCAGCAACAGUUAUCAACAGUCACAGCCCAGCAACAACCACCGUCAGUUCAUCAACGUUAUAUGCUAUCGAACCAGUCACCUCAGUCAUGCCAAAUGCCGCAACAACAACAGCGGCAACAGGCUCAUAUGACACCAGGUCUUGGAACCUCUUCAGUUGGCAGUGCCUCUACAUACCUUCCUGGACAGCCGGGACAACAGUCUUCACAACAGCAACAGCAGCAGCAGCAUCAAUUGCAUCAUCCCCACCUUCAACACCAAGCACAUCAUUCAGGCCAAACUCCACCACCUCCACAGCUUCAGCAACAACAUCGCCAUCCAUCACCAGCUCAGCAGCAACACUCACAACAGCCACAAUUCGUUCAUCGGGGAAUGGUCGGGCAUAGUGGCUAUGCUUCUAUACCUCAGUACCCCACGGGUCCAGUGCCAACGGGCUAUGCACAAGUCCCAACGAUGCAUCCACAACAGCAACAGCAGCAACAGCAGCACCAGCCUCAAAGACUUGGGCAUCCUAACCAGUUUCCACAUCGUUUCUCAACUGGGUCACAAGGUUAUCCACCGAACCAAUCUCAGCCUUCGCAAUACGGCAUGCCCGUCAAGCCAGGAAUUCCCGGCCACAUUGAUGGUCAAACAGUAGGUAUGGCUGGCUCAGGCGUGCUGGCAACAGGACCAGGUGGCCCCUGUCUUUCGGGCUCCAGUCAGCAGCCUCCAAGCGCCGGAAUGUCCACCUCUUUAACAUCUACACCAGGCUACCUGAGUGCUGGCCAGACAUUGGGUGGAGUCGGCGUUGGCUCCGCUGUUCCUGGACAGCAAAUCGUGGGUGAACCCGGUCUACUGGUAUACUCUCACGGCAGUUCUACAGCCAGUGGCGUGUGUGUGAACCUACCUACGGGCAUGGGAAUGAGUGGUAACAGUGGCGGCCCCGUAAGAGGGCAAUUUAUGCAAGUGAGUGCUGCAUUUGACUCCACUAUUGAUAAGGGUACUACGCAUAUGAGACAAAAGUUGUAUUUGCAAGACGCAACCACGUCUACCAGACGUUCUGCACUAAUUAAGCCUAUACAUAUCGUAUUUGUUUAUAUAUUUAUUCAUGCAUACAUCCAUUUGCCAUCCUGUUUUCUUGUUUUUAUGUGUCGUAAGGUAUCUUCUGUUCUAUCAGUGAGGAUUGAUUUGAUAUCUAAAAUAUCUAAUAAAUCACUAGCUAGAGAAAGUGCACUUUGUAAUCAAGACCUAUAUAUUAUCGUUUAUAUGUAA